AUGGGUAUAGAAAAAUCAUGCCUUAAUUCGUCUUAUUUUCACUGCAAUCAAUCGUUAAAAUGUAUUCCAUACCAUCGUGUUGCAGACGGAAUGGUCGACUGCUAUCAUUCUGAAGAUGAACAAUUUAAUGCGUGCCAAUUAAAUGAGUCGACUCGAUUUACCUGCCCAUCAGAUCCAAACAAAUGUCUAUCACUAGUUGCACUUGGCAAUAUAUUCUCAGACUGUCCUCUAGAAGAAGAUAAAGCCUAUAAAUAUAAAAUUAGUGUAGGAAAACUAGUGCCGUUUUCAACGCUAUGUGACAAACAUAAUGACUAUAAUUCACAUUCGACAAAUGUUUCAGAAACUGAUGAAAGUAACUGUCAAUGGUGGCCAUGCAAUAAUCCAUAUACUAGUUGUGAUGGUGUCUGGCAUUGUCUCGAUGGAUUGGACGAAUUGAAUUGUCCUGACAAUAAAUGCUCAUUGGGUGAAUUGAUGUGUUAUUCAAUCACAAAUAUAUUACCAUAUUGCUUACCUUACGUACAACUCUUUGACAGAUAUCUAAACUCCUGCCACUCUUUUACACGUCGUCAAAUUGGUUUCUACAAUGGAACUGAAGACAUAAGUAACAAUUACCUAUCAUGGAAAAACACAUCAUGUGUCACUUUAACGAAGAUUUGUCAAACCCAUAGUUUUUCUUCAUCAUUAACAAUACAACCAGAUGUAUGUGCUAUUGAACAUCACGAAGCGAAGUGGAUGAAUACACUUGGGGUAGAGCCUGUGAUGAAAAAUACUAUAAAGUCAUGCUUUUUUCGAAAGCGUACAAUUACUAGUAUGCCCAAACAUCUAUUUUUAACAUCGAAACGAUUUGGCUAUUUUCCACCACCGCCAAAUAAUCUUCCGCUUAGAGUUAUUUCUGAAGAAAACCGAAAACGUACUAUCAUUCAAAAGAUCGAUGACAUUUCAGCUCCCCAUUGUAAUCGUGGUAUUGCUGUACUUAAUAUUUUUAAUAUAACACCAGUAUGUUUUUGUGCACCUAAUUAUUUUGGUUCUCGAUGUCAAUGGCAAAAUCAACGUAUUAGUUUGACUCUUCAAUUUCUUUGGCGUUACAUUGCAUCAACUGAUGUUUUGUUUCAAGUGAUUAUUAUGCUUAUUAACCAAAGUGGAUCUAUCGCACCAAAUUAUGAACAAGUUACCUAUGUACCUUCACGCGAUUGUAACACAAAAUUUAAUAUCUAUUUGCUUUAUCCAGAUAGGCCGAAAAAUUUAUCAAAUAAUUAUUCAAUUCGAAUUGACAUUUUCGAAAAAAUUAAUUUAAUAUAUUGGGCUAGUUGGCAUCUACCAAUACCGUUCUCAUUUUUACCUGUCAAUCGAAUCUCAAACAAAAUAAUUAUAUUUAAUAAACAAGAAACAAUAUCAUGUUCGCUCUCAUGUGGACAACAAGGUCAAUGUAUGAAGUAUGCAAAUAAUAAAUCACUAAUAUUUUGUCGAUGUAAUCAAGGAUAUUCUGGCGCACGAUGUGAGAUAUCACAUAAAUGUAAUUGUUCAAACGAUUCAUUUUGUCUUUCGCCAUUCAUAUGUGUAUGUCCAUUGCAUAAAUUUGGUACUCAUUGUUAUUUAAAACAGUCAAUAUGCAAAUUAUCAAUUAAUCCUUGUCGAAACAACGGAAUCUGUAUACCAACUGAUGAUCGUAUUAAUUUAACAGGAUUUACUUGCUUCUGUCGGCAAGGCUAUUCAGGUCCAACAUGCGAAAAUACAAAUAAUAGAAUUGGUAUAUAUUUACCCGACGCAAUAAUAGAACAAAAUAAAUUAGUAUUGAUACAUUUUAUUGCAGCAUUUGAAGAUGCUGAACAUGAACGUAUAACUCUCUUGAAAAAGAUCCCCUAUAACCAUUCUGAUAUAACAGUUGACAUGCCGCAACCAUUUAAUAUUCUUUUUGUUGAAAUGUCAAAUAAGAAAUAUUAUUUAGGAAUACUUCGAGAAAGAUUUAUAGUUUCUGAACACAUCAAAACUACAAUACAACAAAAACAACAGUGUUUAUCGAUAUCAACACUUCUUAACAGUACUGUAGUGAAUUCGACAUAUCUCCAUCGAACUAAAUAUUAUCCAAUAGUAUGUCGGCAACAUCAGAAUUUGACGUGCUUUUAUGAUGUUGAUCUUUUAUGUAUAUGUGAUCUCGAUCGAUUUUCCAAUUGUUUUUUCUUUAAUCAUACAAUGAACUAUGACUGUAAAGGUUAUAACUAUUGUGAAAAUGGUGGUCGCUGUUUUCAAAAUAAUGAAACAUGUCCAACAAAAUUCAUAUGUAUGUGUCCAGAUUGUUAUUAUGGAACGAAAUGUCAAUAUUCAACAACAGGCUUUCUUUUAUCACUUGAUUAUAUCCUUGGCUAUCACAUUAAACCACACAUAUCAUUUAAUCGGCAACCAUUAAUUGUUAAAUUAAGUACAGCUUUUAUAACUGUCAUGUUUAGUAUUGGAUUAAUCAAUGGAGUUGUAUCAAUAAUAACAUUUCGCAUCAAGACAACACAAGAUGUAGGCUGUGGAUUCUAUCUAUUCAUUUCUUCAUGCAUUUCUAUGAUUAUAGCAAUUUUAUUAGUCACCAAAUUUUUGCAAUUAGUGUUAUCACAAAUGUCCAUUAUUACAAAUCGAUUAGUGCUAAAUUUAAAUUGUCUAUUAUUAGAUAUGACUCUGCGAGUUUCUUUAGCUACUAAUGAUUGGCUAGAUGCAUGUGUUUUUGUGGAACGGAUAUUUACUAUUAUGAAAGGUGCAAAAUUCAGUAAAACGAAAAGUAAACGAAUAGCUAAAUGGGUAGUAUUAUGUGUCAUUCUGUUAACCACUAUCACACAUCUUCAUAUUCCUUUGCAUCAUCGUUUAGCUGAUGAUGUUGAUGUUGAAGAACAGCGAACAUGGUGUUUGGCUCAAUACUCGACUUCAGUCAACAUCUUAAGUUCAUUUAUUACUCUGACUCAUUUUUUAAUUCCAUUUGCAAUUAAUGCAUUGUCGGUGUUGUUCAUUAAUAUAUACAUUGCACGUUCCCGCUCAAUAUCACAACCGAGAUUUUCAUUCCGUACACAUCUAAAACUGCAAUUCAAGCAAAAUAAGCACCAUCAAAUUGCAUCAUCUGUAUUAGUAUUAUUAGCAUUACCACGCGUUAUUAUCUCAUUUGCUACAGGAUGUAUGAAAUCACCAAGAAGCUCAUGGGGAUAUAUUUUCAGUUAUUUGAUUACGUUUUUACCAUCCAUGAUGACGUUUCUGAUAUAUAUUUUACCUUCAAAAACAUAUAAAGAUGCAUUUUUAGUUGCAACAAGAAGAAAACUAAAUGCAGUACGCAUGCGUAUUAAUAACUAG